GGUUUUAAGUUGCUGUUUUAUUGUUGGUUUCCCAGGAUUGUUGCUUUGCCCUCUUGACUGAAGCUGUCACGCCUUCUGCUGUGCAGGAGGCAGGUUCAGAUCCAAGCAGCCGCUCUGAUCUGUUUACAUUGACGACGUUGCGCAAAUGAGCGCCCAACCGCGAUGGGGCCCGGAGCAGGAACCGGUGAUUUCUUUUUCAUUUAUCCCUUUUUAAAAGGCGUAUCCAUAGAGGAAUUUCCACUUUGAUGCUUUGUGGAAACCUAUUAUUUGUGUUUUUUUUCUUCUUUUGUCAACUUUUGCUGGAGAGAGAAAAAAAAAAAGAAGAAGAAGCAGUGUCUCCAAGUCUCCAACUUGUUUCAGGGUUUUGUUGGAUUGACUCUUCCAGCAGUAAUGGCUUCUGCCAGGCUUGAUUACGUCGCUCCGUGGUGGACAUAUUGGCUGCACAAUUUUCCUCACUUCAAUUUUCUUUUCCAGUCGGUGGACAACACCUUCAGUCCGGAGGAGGCGAGCUACCAGCAGUCUCUAAUAGUUCUUGCGUGCGCUGGUGCUGUGGGUCUUGGUCUGAGCCUGCUGGCUCUGGCAGUGUACCUGGUGUGUUUGUGCUGCAGCAGGAGGAGGCUGGAUGAAGAAACCAAAAGGCCUGAUACCUGCUGUGCCACCUGGGCUGCUGUUAUCACAGGCCUCAUGAUAUGUUCUGCUGUAGGAGUGGGUUUCUAUGGGAACAGCCAGACCAACGAUGGGGUCUACCAGCUGACCUACUCGCUCUACAACGCCAAUCACACGCUGGGUAGCAUCAACAAUCUGGUUGCAGGAUCUCGUAACAACUUUGAAAGUGGACUCAAGCAGCACCUGGAGCGCCUCGAUGAGAUCUUCAGUACGAGGACGGACUACCUCCAAGCGCUGCGCUUCAUGCAGCUGAUGGUUAACAAUGUCCUCCGUGAGCUGACUGCUCUGCCAGACAUCAGCAAAACAGAGGCUYACUUGGCAGCCAUUGCAGACCAGACAGCUUUCAUUGAGUAUUACAGAUGGCUGACGUAUCUGCUGCUGCUCAUCCUUGAUCUGGUCAUUUGCCUGGCCAUGUGCUUGGGGAUAGCCAAGCAGUCUCGAUGUCUGCUUGUCAUGAUUAUGGGCUUUGUUAUCCUGUCCUUGGUCCUGAGCUGGGCUUCACUGGGGACUGGCACUGCUACAGCUGUGGGCACCAGUGACUUCUGUGUGUCUCCAGACAAGUUUAUUGUUAACCAAACCAAGGAUUUCCUCAGCGCAGAUGUUGCACACUAUUAUUUGUUCUGCAGUCCGAAUCUACCAAACCCAUUCCAACAGUCACUGACAGUCUGUCAGCGCUCACUGACCACCAUGCAAAUCCAGAUCCAGGGUUUGCUUCGGUUCGCCACGCCAAUUUUCCCCACUGCUCAGAGAGACCUUUUAGGGAUCCAGCGACUGUUAAACUCCACAGAGUUCAGUCUGCACCAGCUAACAGCUCUGCUCGACUGCCGCGGGAUACACAAGGACUACCUGGAUGCCCUAAUGGGUGUGUGCUACGAUGGGGUGGAAGGGCUCCUCUACCUCUCUCUGUUUUCUCUCCUGGUUGCUUGUGCUCUCUCUGCCAUGCUGUGUGUAAUUUUCCGCCUGUGGACAUUAAUGGGCAGCAGGGAAAAGGAGUACAACGACAUAGACGAGGAYGACCCAUUCAACCCCGAAGUACGCCGGCUUUCCUACAACCCCAGAAGGUCCAACACCCACAGCUUCUGCAGUUAUAUCAGCAGCCUCGGCAGCCAGGCCAGCCUUCAUCCACCUCCUCAGUCUACUUCUAUUUCUACCUUACCACCCCCUGAAUACAUGAAUCAGUCCAUGCUGUUUGGAGAGGCCCCUCGCUAUGAGAAUGUGCCGCUGAUAGGGAGAGGAUCACCGCCUCCCUCGUAUUCACCCAGUAUGAAGACUACUUAUCUGUCCAUGACUGAUGCRCAGAUCCGACACCUUGGUGGUGAGUUCCAGGUGUAGCCUGCCACCUGCRGACCCCCACGGUGCUUCAGUUUGAGGACCUGAACUCCCACCACGAAGGCUGUCUUUGUGACAUAAUCCUGUUUACGGGGACAACGGGCUGACGUCCAGUCCAAGGCAUGAAAGCGGGUCGUGUGACGUCGUUACUUCAGCAACACAUCAGCAUACCUCUAAGAAAGCUCUUAAUGCAGUUUGGAUAGAGUUGGCCUGAACAGACUCAUCUAAAAAAUGUACUUGUUCUUCGCUAGUUCUACAUCUCAAAUAAAUAAUUUCUAUGAUCCAGUUAGCAAAGUUUUGAACUCAAAAGAGCCAAUAAUGUUUUUUUUUCUUUAAAUAUUCAUGUGGCAUAAUAGGAUAAGAUCACUGGUCAAUAUUAGGAUUUUGAUGUCAUUUGAGUGGAGAAAAAUGACCACAUAAAGGCCUUCAAGCAAUGUAUGUUUGCUGUAUUUCCUUUUGCUUGGUAAAAAGAAUGUAUUGCAUUUGUUUCUUGGCCUUUUGUUUUAAAGGGUGUGUCAUGAACUGAGACGUCCCCUUUUAAAACUUUUCUAAAUCAUAAAGAAAUUAUGUUAAAAAAUUAAACAAAACGUUGGGAUUUUGUUUCCGAAUAGCCAAUGAUGCCUUUAAGAACAUGUCAAAUACAUGAGGUGUUUAAUGCAACUAUUUGAAUGGAGUUGUCAGUGUAAGUGUGCUGCAAUUUCAUUACAAAAUAAGAAUAUACAUGUAUUAUUUGUUGUAUUUUAUUUUGAAGCAAACAAUCCUGCAAACCAGUGUCACCAUGAUUGUUCGAAAUGGAAAAAAUUGAGGAUGAUGUGAUGUUCAUUUAAAAUACUUUGAUUUUUUUGGAAAUCUACAUGCUAUUUACAUGUCAAAUAAAGUGUKCAAGUAAACUGCUACACCACCUUAAAAUGAUGGAUUUACACUGACUCACUGUGUACUCUUCUGCUGUUACUACUUGUCUAAUCAGUACAACCCACUGUAAGAGUAUUGGGCUAAUUAGGAUUUGACCUGAAUCCUCAGUCUGUUGCAUGAAUGAUGGACAUUGUGUAGCUCUUCUCCAAAGUGGUUUUCAGAUUUCAGAAACCUAAAGAGACCAAACAGGCUGUGCGCAAAAUGAACUUAAGCAAAGCUAAAAAGUAAGCAAAUAAUUCCACAAUAAACUCUUUUUUUUUCUAUAA